AUGGUUCAAUUCCGAUUAUCGAACAUUCACCUAGUCCCUAAAUUCGUUCAGUUCAGAGCUCUGUUGUCGCAGCCUGAACCAAAUCAGUUGACGGAAACGCCGAAAGGGAUCACUUGUCCUCUAAAAGAGCAUCAGCAGUCAGGUCUAACGUGGUUGAAAUGGAGAGAGUCCAUAGCUCCACGCGGCGGAAUUUUGGGUAAAGAGAGAAAAUAUUUAGCUGAUGAGAUGGGGCUUGGCAAAACGUUGUGUAUGAUCUCUUUGAUCGUUGCUGCUAAAGCUGAAAGAAAACUGCGGCGAAAGGAAGGACGCGAUGAAGAGGAUAGAGAGAGAAGGCAAAAAGUCAAAGCUAGAGGCCUUGUGCCAUCAAAUGCCACUUUGAUUGUCGCACCAGCCGCUCUUAUAUAUCACUGGCAGGCGGAAAUCGAAGAACGAUGUGAGGAUGGUUUACUGAGGACAAUAGUAUACCAUUCUAACUCUAGGAGGAAAAUUGGCCUUGAUACCCUCGCUCGUGCUGAUGUUGUCAUCACGACUUAUACAUUGUUAGCAAGUGAGAUCGAAAGAGAUGGGAAGAAUCAGCGAGCUCGUCCUCGAAGUCCGUCUGAGAAUUUGUGCUUGAGGCAUUCAUGCAUCUUUUACUACGACUUGCAGAAGUGCAGUGUUCUGGAAGAUAUUUAUUGGGGAAGGAUUAUCUUGGAUGAGGCACAUCAAAUCAAGAACAAAUCGACCAAGUCUUCCAGGAUUUUAGUAAUGGCAUGUAAUCUGGUAUGUGGUUUUGGAUUCAUCCAUAAUACCAUGCGCAGAAAGUAG